GAGUUGGAGCCGGAUGUGACGUCAUCUCUGUGACAGCGCUCUGUGUACGCCAGCUGAUCGGAGCAAAAAUCAGAUCCGUCAUUGGUGUCUUUUUCUGAUGUUGCGAAUAUCUGAAACCACAGCAACAUUCGGUGUCACUCGCUACUGACGUUCAGCGGGAAAUUGCAGUGCGUGCAGUUGAGACUGGAUCUUGUCGACGCCUAUUUGCUUUGGUUAAUACCAAGGCCUACCUGCAUGCUAAGCUUAUUAGCUAGCUGUCACCGUUAGCAGGACUCACGAAUGUGAACUACUGGUGAAGGAAGUAAACUGUCAGGGAUAUCUUUCCAGUCACACUCAAUCAAACAAUGAAGGUCUGACGGACAUACAAAUAUUUUAUAUUAAGCUAAUAUAUGUUGUAAAUAGGUAGAAAGUCAUUGGACGCCUAUCCAUUGGUCUUAGACAGCCUAUGACAGAAACAUUAUCUUGUGCCAACAGCGCUCUCGUCCAGCUUUAAGAUGUGGUUGAAAUUGUUCUUCUUACUCUUGUAUUUCAUAGUGUUGUUUAUGCUAGCAAGGAUUUUUGAGGCGGUAGUUUGGUAUGAGACUGGUAUGUUCGCCUCUCAGCUUGUGGAUCCAGUUACUCUCAGUUAUAAGAAGUUGAAGACCAUCUUGGAGUGUCGUGGGCUGGGAUACUCCGGACUGGCUGAGAAGAAGGAUGUCAGCGAGCUGGUAGAGAAAUCAGGAGAGUUGACACAGGGGGAGCUAUAUUCAGCCAUCAAGAAAGAGAAGGAGCAGACAGAGGCAGGAGAUGCCAGCACAACACACUUCAGUGGAGAAAUGCACUUCUAUGAAUUAGUGAAGGACACUAAAGAUGGGAUAUGGCUGGUUCAGGUUAUUGCCCAGGACCGUGAAGCUUUGCUCAGUCAUUCCAACUGGGGUAGGAUGGUGCAGAAAGUGUCUCAGUUUGGGAUCAGAACGGGAACCUUCAACUGCUCUAAUGACUACAGGUCAUGUAUCAAGCGUGGCUGGCAGCGCUCCACUCUCAUCAUGUCUGUUCCUCAGACUUCAGCAUCCAAGGGCAAAGUCAUGUUAAAAGAAUACAAUGGCCGUCGCAUUGAAACUGAACACAUCUUCCGCUGGAUGACCUCACAUGUGGCUGAUCGAAUCAAAACCUUGCGUAAUUCUAAGCAGUUGGUGGAGGAGUGGCGCUCUGACCCAGCCCACCCAGUAAAGAUGUUCCUGUUCGCCCGUCUGUCCCAGCCACCCGCCUUCUUCUCAUCGCUGUCUGUCAAGUUUACCGGCAGGAUAGAGUUCAUUUUCGUAGAUGUACGUCACUGGGACAACUACAGCAGCCUAUCAGAGAUUGAUGUGUCACAGAGCCCUGCCUACAUUCUCAAGAUGCCUGAGGGCAUUUACCGCUAUGGCAACAGUACCGGGGAGUUCCUGUCCCUGGCUGCCAUGGAUACUUUCCUGCGUUCGGUCCAGCCAGAGGUCAAUGACAUGUUUGUCCUCAGUCUGGUCUUGAUUAACUUGCUGGCCUGGAUGGACCUCUUUAUUACACAGGGAGCAACAGUGAAACGAUUUGUAGUUCUGAUCCGAACACUUGGAACCUACAACUCUAUACUGCUAGUGUCCUGGCUUCCUGUUCUGGCUCUCCUUCAGAUGCCCUAUCUGGACACUCUGUAUAGUUACAGUCUAAAGCUGCUUCGUUAUGCUGACACCACCACAUUGGCCAGCCUGGUGAGAGCUGACUGGACUUUCUACACAUCCCACCCAGCUCUCUUCCUGUCCACCUACCUGGCCCAUGGCCUGCUGGUCGACUACUUUGAGAAGAAACGCCGCUGUGGCAUCAGGAACCAAGAGGACAGCACCACCAACCUGGAGUGGCUGGCCAGUCUGUGGGACUGGUACACUUCGUAUUUGCUCCACCCAAUUGCAUCGCUGCAAGACCCAUCUGACCACUCAGACUGGGAGGACGACCCCAACUUCUUAUUUCAGCGUUUAGCUUUCCCAGAUCUCUGGCUUCGCCCAUUAAUAAACAUGGACUACAUUAAUGCCCUGCCAACCUGGAGGUUCAGAGCUCUUGGUCAAGACAGGGGGGAGAUGGCUGGUAGAAAGCUGGAUGAAGAGACAGAUAGUUCACAUUCCGACACAGAGAGCAAAGAGCAGAUGGAUUCCCCUCUUACAGAUCCCAGCAGACCUCCACACAGCAGCAAAAGACACAAGAGAUCAAUGUGCAUUCAGGACCCCAACUCACAGCUCUCUAUGUACAUCAACAUAGACCCCAGCAGUUGCUGUCAGUGUGUGUGUGCUGUUGCUGCAUCAUCCUUUUGCUGUUGUCAUGUGAACAGAAUCCCACCAUCAGCAGACAGGGCAUUGAUGGACAUCUGCCUCACAAAUGAAGGUGUCUCCAGCCAUCAACAAUCUGAUUGGUCAGUGUGGCCCUGUGACAUGUUGCAGUGUUCAGAGUGUGUGGUAUGUCUGGAGAACUUUGGACGGGAGGAGCUGCUGAUGGGUCUGCCCUGUGGCCAUGCCUUCCACCAGCAGUGCAUUGUGGUGUGGUUGGCAGCAGGCAGACACUGCUGUCCAGUGUGUCGCUGGCCCAGCUACAAGAAGAAACCGCACAGAGCUGCUCAAAGCAGCUCUACUGAAAACACACUGCAAGACUGAUGACUACAUCUAACUGAGCUCUUCAUCGUGUGUCCUCUCUACUCUAACUGUUCAUUGGCACAUAACUCACUAGGCAUUGAGACUGUGUGAUAUUAUCACAACUUGCUUGAGUUGAAGUUGAGGCUGGGGCGGAUUUAAGGAGAAAACAUUGUCAGUAUAAGUGAACAGGGCUGUUGUUGUCAUGACCCAUCAAUUAGCUUGCUUUAAUUACUAUUGAAGGAAAUAUGCAGGCCAUUGUUGCAAAGAUUAAACUUUGAAAGGCGAGUCACCAUGAUUUUUGUAUAGAGAGAAUAAUAAUUCACACAGUAACAAUUGGUGAAUUCACAGCAAACUUCGUGGUGCAAUAAAAACAUAUUUCUGGUUUUGCCUUUUUAACUUACAAGACUCUGUUCACCCCAGUAAUCAUUUAGAAUGAGAUUUCUUACACUUAGCUUUGUGAUUUUAGGCUGGACCAAAAAU